UCACCUUGAUUGACGGACAAUUGAAUUUCUUUACGAUUUUGCCCGCCGCAUAUUUUCUUCGUGGUCCUGAGCAUAUAGUCUCCAACAAAGAUCAUAUUCUGAUAAACUUUCUUAGCCUAUUGUAUCAAAAACAUUCAGAAUAAGGUACAGUUUAUCAUUUCACAUUUCAAACUGGUAUGAUUUUGAGGUCGAUCGUCUUUAGAAAUGUCUGAUACACGUGGGCGUCUGGACACUGACAUCUUCUCCAAACAAAUCACAUCGACCACAGAGCUGGAUGCAAUUAAACAAAGGGUGCAAGAGCUGGAGAAAGAAGCUGAAAAGCUUAGAGAGGUUCACUCUUUUGGAGAACGCCAGCUCAUGUACAAUCCCCUAGUGGCUCUGUUUUACCAGAUGAGUCAUGAGGAGAGGAUUGAUGCUGACAACCGAUCGGUCUACGUGGGAAAUGUGGACUAUGGUGCGACUGCGCUUGAGCUGAAGGUCCAUUUCAGUGGAUGUGGUGCUGUUAACAGAGUCACCAUCCUCUGUGACAAAGUCACUGGUCAUCCUAAAGGCUUUGCUUACAUUGAAUUCUCAGAAAGGGAUUCUGUUGUGACCGCAAUGACCUUGGAUAAUACUUUAUUCAGAGGGAGAAUCAUUAAGGUUUUGCCCAAACGGACCAACAUUCCAGGCAUGACCAACAGAGGGGGCAAUCGUGGCCGGCCAUGGGCCCAGGGUGGCCGUGGCCGGUUCAGCAACGAGUUUCAGGGUCGCUCCAGGUAGAUCAAGAUCCCAUGCUAUCUUUGCAGAUUGGGAAGUGGGGGAAUGUCCAGCUUCAAGCUAAUACAGGAUCCACUACUGUUUUGAUUACACCACACGUUUGAGAAUGUUCUCAUGAUGGGGGUUGAUCUUUAUUGAAAGACUAACACCCAACCUCUCUUGUAGGGGCAAUGGACGAAUCCAGCCUUGGUCUGACCAUUACUAAUGUGUUGAUUAGUUUCUGGUUUCCUUUUUAAUUUCUAUUUAUUUUGGAUUUUAUUUAUUACAAUGUGGAUUGUGUUACCGAUUUCACCAUGUAAUAAGGAAUAAUGGCAUUUUACUUUACUCUGGAUUUUAUGUGUUUCUUUUCUAAACAAACGGCCCUGAAUGUUUUGUUUUGUGGAUUUUCUUACUGUAUUGUUUGUGGUGAACCACUUUAAAAAUCAUAAUAAAUUCACGCAAAGCAAUGUC